AUGAAAACCUUUAUCAACGGGCGUGUUAUAAAUAUGACUUGUUGUUUAAUUCGGUAGUUCAUUGUUGCAUUGGUAUCCGGUCGGACAAAUAAUCGAGGCUCGCGGUGGUGAAGUGGAUAAAUUUCUGGUUUACGUUAAGAGAAGCUACAAGCGAAAGGACGAUGAAAAUUGUCAAGUGUUUGACGGUGUGCUUAGUGCUUAGUUGUAUUCUUGUGAGCACAUCUGCUGCGAAGAAGAACAAGCGUGGUCUGUACCAUGGCCUGACAGGAUACACAGUUCCUCUAGGAGUGGCACAUCAUCGUCCGUAUCAUCCUAGCCCGUACGCAAAGUUCCCAGGAUUUUAUAAAGGAUAUGGAGGUGCGCUGCCACCAGGAUAUGCUCUGUUUCCCGGAAGUGCAUCGGUGACCUCAUACCAUCGUAACUUCCCAAAAGUACCCGCAGUCUACGCACCAAACUACUUUCCAGGUUUCGGAGUACCAGCUACCGGUGUUGUCCGACCGAUAACGAACCUGUCUCCAGUUGCUCCAGUUGCACCAUUGACUCCAUCGUUCCCAGCGUACCCGCAAAUCCCUGCCGCUCAAGUGCCUACCUACUUUCCGUUUGGCACUCCUCAGCAAACAUCCUUCUUUGCCACCUAUCCCCAGAAACCAUUCAUCCCUGUAGCAGUUCCGGUGCCCGAAAAGCCCAAAAUUCCAUUUGUAAUCCAGCAGAAGCCAAUUUACACUGCCGUCUCCAAUUUCAUUCCCAAUGGAGUCUACAACCCCACGGUUGCGGUAUCCAACCUUUCUCCAACCUAUGUUAACAUUCCAGUUGGACCAACUGCCUCGACCCCAACCUUGACAACCGCCACGGUGACCCAAACGGCUCAGCAACCUUGGCGUCCGGUUUUGGUGAAUCAUCCUACGGCAACGCCUACAACGACGACGGUUUUCAAACCCUCGCACAAUCUAUUACCUCCAUUCACUCUUCCAGCUAACGCACAAGGUCAGUAUUUCAUCAGCAGCACACCGGCCACGCACGUACAAGACAGUCAUCAGCAACAGCAGCAGACCCUGUUGGACUUAGAACAAACAUCCUUCCAUCACCAAAGCCAGGAGGAUGGAAACGGAGCGUUCAAUGGGCAACCGUACGAUGUAGCCUCGAACCAUGGCCGUUACACGGGCCCUUCCAGUUAUGAUGUAGACAUCACACACAACGGUUACCAGAAGAAGUGAGGAAGGUCCUAGCCUUCUAAAUUCUAGGACUGGCUGUCGCUGUCCAAUUGCCAUUAUCGUGUUGCUAUUAGUGCAUGCAUUCCCAAUGUAACGAUAUAGGAUAGGUUAAAACUAUUAAACUUAUUUAUUACUUAGAAA